AUGCUUCAUUCAAGUCUACUUCUACCAAUAUAUGCAUUACUAAUUGCGGCCGCCCCAUUCAAAAGGGGAGACUCAAAUGACCCAAAAGAAUACUUAGUUUCACCAUUACCAGGUUGGGAUGAAUUACCUUCAGAUUAUGCAAGGCCAAUUCAGUACGCUGGACAAUUAGAACUAUUUGCUGAAAAUAAUACCGACUACUUUUUCUGGAAGAUUGUUGAUUCUGAAAAGAUCCCAGAGAACAAAAAUCGUACAACCUUUUGGCUUCAAGGGGGUCCUGGUUGCUCAUCACUCGAGGCUGUAUUUUCCGAAAAUGGUCCAUUCAAGUUGAACGAACAAAGACAAAUCACCGUCAACGAAGCUUCAUGGCAUAAAGUCUCCGAUAUGGUGUAUGUUGAUCAACCUCCAAUGGUUGGAUACAGUGAUGGUGAAUUGAUCCGUAACUUGUACUAA